GGACAUUACUGGAUGGGAGGACGCUCACAGGUCACUUCAUUAGAGAAGGCGGUGGUGGUGGGCCUGAUGUCGGGGAAAAGUGGAGCAGCUCCUCGAGUCUGCAGCAACUCCAACCUGAUGCUGCCCCUCAGGGCCACGGUGCCCUACCAGCUCCUCCUCAGCAGGGAAAGCAAAGCAGCUGAGAGGAACUCGUCCCGACCGCCCAGGCCCACCAUGAGGCGGACCAUGUCCCUGGAUGCCAUCAUGGCGCCCUACUUGCAGGGCCAGUGGCCCAAGGAUGCUCAGGGUCCUGCAGGGACGCGCGUCAGCGAAAAAGCCACACAGACUCCAAGCUGCUGGGCGGACGAGACUCAGUCCAGGAGAAGUCUUGGAGGACACAAGCGUUCAGCGUCAUGGGGCAGCGCAGAGCACCUGAAGGAGGUGGCCAAACUGAGGCAGCAGCUGCAGAAGCGAUCGCGCCAUGCCGCUCCUUCCACGGCGGGAUACGAGCAGACGCAUCAUUCGCUGCCAGGGAGUCACGCGGCAGGUGUUACACAGACGCCGCCGCUGGUGCCGCUGAACAGACUUGCUUCCCGGCUGCGGCGCAGCGUGGAAGGUCUCAACCUGGAGCUGGAGGAAGUGUUUGUGUCGGAGAAGCGUGACGAUCAACACGAGAUCCUGGACAUCCCAGACGGACACAGAGCUCCUGCUCCCCUGCAGAGGUGCAGCAGCGGCUCCCAGAGCGAGUCGUCUCCUGGUCCCUUGGACUCGUCCCUGCUGUCUCCUUCUCAGUCGCCCUGUCCUCUCGAUCCAUCGCUGUUGUCUGCGUCCGAGUCGCCGUCUCCCUCCAGCCGGUCGCUCUUCUCCUCAUCGCGGUCGCCGUCCCCCGAACCAGAGUCCGCUGCCUGUGAGACUUUGCGUCCUCCAUCUCCUGCCACCUUCUUCCCUCCUUAUGGAGCGGAUCCUCCUCAGCUGCAGUCCUGCUCGCCUUCGCCGUGUCCCAACCAAAGCUUCUCCUUCCCGCGCCAGCCGCCAGAAGGCUGCGAGCGAGUCCGGGUGUGCGAGGAAGCCACGUCCGCCUGUCACGAUGAACCUCUCCUGCAACCAUCCUGCCCGGACCUCAACAAGGUCAACUUCACCCCGCACGGAGGCUCGGCUUUCUGUCCCGUCAGCCUCCUGAAGCCCCUGCUGCCCUCCAUGGACCUUCUCUUCCGUGGCCUGUCCGUCUCCCCGGUCACAGGGUGCCCCGGUCAAGCAUCUCCCACCAGGCAGCUUGGUCUGCAGUGAGGAACAACGUGGAACCUGAAUAACUUUCAGCCUCCUGAACAGCCAUGAGUGGAAGAUGAAUCGCUUUAAUCGGAUAUUGGUCUCACCAGGAAUCGCUACCCAAGGCUGUUGGACUUGUUGGAGGGGAAAAAAAGACCAGUUUGAUGAAUAUGAAUAGUAAUAAUGUUUUCAUUUUGAAUGCCUUAAAUCCAUCAAACACUCAAACAACAUGUUGACAUUAGUGUUAAUUUCUUCCCAACAUUACAAUUGGUACUAAUAUGCAAGUUGUGACAUUCACACACUUCAUUGAUGAACAGCCAAACUAUUUUGGGUUUUCAUGUUUUUUAAUGGCUUCUUUUGUACGCUUUUUGAAAGAUAUUUUUUUAUCUCACAGGGAAAAAAACGACUUAUUUUUCUUUUUUGCCUUUUUUUUUUACUGUGCAGGGAGUGUAUUAGCUUUAUUUGCUCGAGAAGGGCUUUUUUCAAACCAAAAACAGUAAAAAUUGAACAUUUUAAAAUUGGAGUUGAGUUGCACUUAAUUGAUGUUUAAUUUUAGAGGUACUCUUGUCUGUGCUUCUGUUUACGUUUUAAAGGGAUGGCGCUCCAAAUGUCAUCGUAUGCAUCCAUACAGUGACAAUAAAUACUUUCUAUUUCA